AUGACCCCACACACCCUGGGCAGGGCUCCCACCCACCUCCCCCUGGGCGGGCUGAUCCCAUUCCCCAGAGAUGCCCGUGCCCGUGUUUUCCCCCAGGCAGGUGAUGCCAGUCCCCGCUCCCCCAACAGCUACGUGUGCUCCCAGGCACACGGCUCGGCAGCGCCCAUUGCACCGGCAGAGCUGGGGCAGACCCUGGAGCGCAUGGCACAGACCCUGCGGGAUCAGCUGCCGGCCUCGGGGAGAGGAGAGCGGGGCUGGGUUCCCCCGGGGACCCACCCCGACCCCCGGCCCCCCGAGGAGGCCGAUGUGGUGGUGGUGGGGGGCGGCGUGUAUUCCAGAGCCUCCACGGUGCUGUCGGCGGGGGGGAUCCGGCAGCAGUUUUCCCUCCCGGAAAAUAUCCAAAUGUCCCGUUUCUCUGCCCGCUUCCUCCGUGACAUCAAUGAAUACCUUGGGGUGCCAAAUGAGCCCCCCAUCGACAUCCAGUUCCAGCCCUCUGGAUACCUGUUCCUCGCCUCCCCCCAGAACGCUGCUGCCCUGGAGGCCACCGUCCAGUUGCAGAGGGAUGAAGGGGCGCAGGUGACAUUGCUGUCCCCCACCCAGCUGAAGGAGAAAUUCCCCUGGAUAAACACGGAAGGUGUGGCUGUGGCAUCCUAUGGUCUGGAGGAUGAAGGCUGGUUCGACCCCUGGACCCUCCUCAACGCUUUCCGGCGCAAAGCCACAUCCCUGGGAGUCCAGAGCUGCUCCGGGGAGGUGCGAGGACCCCCCACCUCACCCCAAAACCCCCCAGCUUUUGUCACCUCGGCCAACUACAUGACGCCACCAGCGCCGUCCUCUGCGCGCAUCAAAUACGUCCACGUCUACAUGCCAGACAGCCUGGAGUACCAGCCGGUGGCCUGUGCCAUCGUGGUCAAUGCUGCAGGCGCCUGGGCUGGGAAGCUGCUGGAGGCGGAAGGGCUGCCCAGGGCGCUGUGCCGGCCCCCGCUGCCCAUCCAGCCCAGGAAGAGGGUGGUGGGGGGCGGCGUGGUGGGCUGGUCCGUGGCGUACUGGCUGAAGAUGCUGGAGGGCCGGCGGCGGCGGCACGGAAUGAGGGUGCUCGUGGUGGAGCGGGACCCCAUGUAUUCCAGAGCCUCCACGGUGCUGUCGGCGGGGGGGAUCCGGCAGCAGUUUUCCCUCCCGGAAAAUAUCCAAAUGUCCCGUUUCUCUGCCCGCUUCCUCCGUGACAUCAAUGAAUACCUUGGGGUGCCAAAUGAGCCCCCCAUCGACAUCCAGUUCCAGCCCUCUGGAUACCUGUUCCUCGCCUCCCCCCAGAACGCUGCUGCCCUGGAGGCCACCGUCCAGUUGCAGAGGGAUGAAGGGGCGCAGGUGACAUUGCUGUCCCCCACCCAGCUGAAGGAGAAAUUCCCCUGGAUAAACACGGAAGGUGUGGCUGUGGCAUCCUAUGGUCUGGAGGAUGAAGGCUGGUUCGACCCCUGGACCCUCCUCAACGCUUUCCGGCGCAAAGCCACAUCCCUGGGAGUCCAGAGCUGCUCCGGGGAGGUGCGAGCUUUUGUCACCUCGGCCAACUACAUGACGCCACCAGCGCCGUCCUCUGCGCGCAUCAAAUACGUCCACGUCUACAUGCCAGACAGCCUGGAGUACCAGCCGGUGGCCUGUGCCAUCGUGGUCAAUGCUGCAGGCGCCUGGGCUGGGAAGCUGCUGGAGGCGGAAGGGCUGCCCAGGGCGCUGUGCCGGCCCCCGCUGCCCAUCCAGCCCAGGAAGAGGUAUGUGUUCACCUGGCACUGCCCCAAUGGCCCUGGCCUCUCCUGCCCCUUCCUCGUCGACACCUCUGGUGCUUAUUUCCGUCGGGAUGGCUUCGGUGGGAAUUACCUGGGCGGGAUGAGCCCCCCCGAGGAGGAAGAGCCGGACCCCAGCGAUCUGUCGGUGGAUCACGAUUAUUUCCAGGAGCAGGUCUGGCCCCGGCUGGCUCGGCGGGUCCCAGCUUUCGAAUCCCUGCGGGUCAGGGGCUCCUGGGCGGGAUACUACGACUACAACACCUUCGACCAGAACGGGGUGCUGGGCCCGCACCCCCGGCUGGAAAACCUGUUCUCAGCCGCGGGUUUUAGUGGCCACGGGCUCCAACACGCGCCGGCCGCCGGCAGGGCCGUGGCCGAGCUGGUGGUCAAGGGCCGGUACGAGACGCUGGAUCUGCGCAGGCUGGGCUGGGACAGGCUGGUGGAUGGGGAGCCGCUGCAGGAGCACGGCGUGGUUUGAUGGGGGCGGGGAGGGGGGAACUGAGGCACAGCCGUGGACUCCCUCCCCAGGCCAGAGGUGGUGUCCUGUAGGAAUAAAAUGGAUGGAUGGAUGAUGAGUGUGCCGGGGAAUUAAUGGGGUCCACACCUGCCAUGCUCCCUCCACCAGUGCUACCAGUAUCCUCCCCGGUACCCUCAUCCCAUUGA